UGUCCCCUUUAAUCUAAGUGUUCAAGCCUUGAAGCCACCUGUAUUUACUACUAAACCAAAAGCUGUAGACACACAAGAGGGUAUGUCUGCUGUAUUCCGGUAUGUCGUCACAGGUUACCCUGAACCUGAAAUAAAGUUUACCAAAGACUGGAAGGAAAUCACGCCAGAAAACUCUGACGUCACUUACCAGUUUGAUGAAGCCACCCGAGAACACAAGAUCAUUUUCCAUGAGGUAACACCCAAGGAUGCUGGAAAGUAUAUGGUGAUUGCCAAGAAUGAGUCUGGAGAAGUAAAGCAGGCUGUUUCCAUGAUGGUGACCCCAAGACCUCCUGAAGAGAUCAUGAAGAGAAAGAUGUCCCUCAAGGCACGUGCAUCAGAGGCAGAGAUUAGUGAGGAAGGAGAGAUAGACAUUGAGGAAAUCCUCAAAGAUGUACAACCCAAAGACUAUGAGACAGUUCUCAAGAAACAUGGCAUCUAUGACUUCCGUGCAAUCCUCAAACACCUCCAAGCUAUGAAACAAAGAGCGGAACAACCAACGGAUCUGGAAACAGUCAUGGAGGAACCAGAGAUUCCUGAACAACUUGAAUCCUUGGAACUGGCUGCUCUUGAGAUGGCCCAAGCUCCAAUGGUCAUGGGAAGAGGGAAGCCAGAAGAAAGUGAUGUUACUCCUUUGGCUGAUGCCAAGGUGCCAGAGAAAAUUGCUGCCAAAUUUGAGUGUGAUGUAUCUGGUGACAUCAAAGAUGAAGACAUUAUUUGGAUGAAGGAUGGCAAGGAGAUCACCCCAGAUGAAAAGUUCCAAGUCAAACGUGAUGGUCGUCGUCUCUCUCUGACCAUCCAAGACACAGCUCCACAAGAUAGUGGCCAGUACACCAUCAAGAUCGGUGACAAGACACAAACAGCCGACCUCAAAGUCCAAGCUGCCGAGUUUGUCAAACCACUCAAUAACACCUCUGCCGCCGAGUAUGAUGAAACUAUUGUCCUUGAAUGUGAGCUUUCCAACGAGCUUGUUCCUUGUCAGUGGUAUAAGGAUGACACGCCUGUCACAAUUGGACCAAAGGUAGAGGUCAUUGAUGAUGGAAAGAAGAGGAAGUUGGUUCUCCAUGAUGUUCGUCCAGAAGAUGCAGGGAACUUCCGCUGUGUGGUGGGUGACAAAGAGUCCUCAGCUACACUUGAUGUUAAAGCUUCUGAGAUAAUGAAGCCUCUAGCGGAAGUCAUAGCUCCUGAAUUUGCCGAGACUGCCGUGCUAGAGUGUGAGGUCUCCCACCCGAAAACCGAGGCUACCUGGCUUAAGGAUGGUCAGCCCAUAACACCUGAGGAGCUGGCCAGUAAGAAGUAUGAGGUGGUCAGUGAUGGACGCAAGAGACGUCUCAUUAUUCAUGAUGUUGUCAAGGAUGAUAACGCUGAGUUCACAUGCAAGGUUGGAGACAACCAGACUUCAGCCAAUGUCAAUGUCAAAGUACCAUCCAUCAUCAAACCCUUGGAGGACACCACCACGCCACUUGAGACCACUGUGGUCCUGGAAUGUGAGGUGGACAAUGAGAAGGCUCCUGUGAAAUGGAUGAAGAACGGCAAAGAGAUCACCAAGAUGCCAAAGUACCUCAUGGAAUCCAAGGGGAAGAAGCGCCGUUUGACCAUCUUUGAGACAAUACCGGAGGACGAGGGAGAGUAUACAUGCGUAGUGGGAGACGAAUCAACAGUGGCUGUGCUUGCUGUCGAGCCUGCCCCCAUCGAGUUCCUGUCUGAAAUACAACCCUUCCAAGCUGUCGAGGAUGAGUCUGCUGUCUUCACCUGUGAGAUCUCAGAUGAGAAUGCAGAAGUCACCUGGCUGAAGAACGGUGAGGAGAUCAAACCUGAUGAUGAGAAGUAUGAGUUUGUUAUCAGUGGAAAGAAACGCGGUCUUAAGAUCAAAUCAACCGAUGUAUCUGACAAUGCAGAAUUCACCUGCAAGACAAAGGAUAAAACGUCAUCUGCUUCCCUCACUGUAACUGAGAAACCAGUCGAGUUCCUCGCGCCUCUUCCGACAGAGCAAUCCGCCAUCCCUGGAGAUGAGAUCACCUUUGAGGUUGAACUUUCCAAGGACACAGAGGAUGUGUUCUGGCUCAAAGAUGGCAAGAAGAUCAAGCCAGGUGACAAUGUCAAGAUCGUCAAGGAUGGCAAGAAGCAUAAACUGAUCAUCAAAAAGGUUGACUUUGAUGAUGAUGCAGUCUACAGCUUCAACGCUGGAGAUCAGAAGUGUGAUUGCAACCUUAAAGUCUCAGCUCCUCCGAAGAUCAAUGUGGAUCCUAAACUGACAAAUAUUAGCGUUAAGGCUGGCACAAAGAUUGCUAUCGAAGCAACAGUCACUGGUUCACCCGCUGCUGUGACAACAUGGUCAAAGGGCGACACACCAAUCGAAUCCACCAAGAGAUUUAAGAUCGAAGCAGGGAAAGGACCCAAGGCUUCGAUCAGACUGACCAUUGACAAGACAGAGAGGUCAGAUCUUGGAACCUACACACUGACUGCAGCCAAUGACUUAGGAACAGAUACUGCAAUCAUUGCUAUUAUAGUCCUUGAUAAACCACAACCACCAACCAACCUGUCCAUAACAGAGACCACGCCUGAAUCUGUAACGCUGGUUUGGACUGCACCAGAAGAUGACGGCGGCAGUCCAGUCAUUGAUUACAUCAUUGAAAAGCGGGACAUGAAAAGAAACACAUGGACUAAGGUUGACUCCACAUCUGAACUUACAUGCAGGGUCCCUAAGCUUGUGGAAGGCAAUGAGUACCUGUUCCGUGUCAGUGCCAGGAACGAGUUGGGAACCAGUGAACCAAUUACGACCUCAGAACCAGUUACUGCUAAGUAUCAGUUUGACGUGCCACAUGCUCCAGGCAAACCAGAGACAUCAGAUGUCAUUCAGACAGAGAUUACAAUAACAUGGACCCCACCUGACUUCAAUGGUGGCAGCGAGAUCACUGGCUACAUCAUUGAAAGGAAAGAAGCAGAUAAGACACGAUGGGUGAAGAUCACUAAGGAAUCUGUCACUGAACUGACCUUCCGUGCCAAAGACUUAAUCGAAGGAACCAGCUAUGAGUUUAGAGUGUAUGCCAUUAACAAGGCUGGUACAAGCAAGCCAAGUGAGCCAUCAACACCUACCAAGGCUAAGGCUCCUUAUGAUGUGCCAGGAGCUCCUGAAAAACCAUCCUGUGAGAACAUCAACAAGACUACCAUCACAGUGUCCUGGACCCCUCCAGAGGAUGAUGGUGGCUCUCCCAUCACUGGUUAUAUCAUUGAGCGAUGUGAUGUCUCCAGAGGUCGCUGGGUUAAAUGUAACCGUGACAAAGUCACUGAACUUACCUUCACUGUCUCUGAUCUGACAGAUGGUGGACAAUAUCAGUUCAGGGUGUCUGCAGAGAAUGCUGCAGGAGUUGGAAAACCAAGCCCUGUUUCUGAUACUUUCACAGCAAAGCUACCAUUUGAUGCUCCUGGAGCCCCAGGUAAGCCGCAGGUCACCGAGUACAACAUUACCAAGAUGACAAUCACUUGGACUCCUCCUGAAUCAGAUGGUGGUAGCCCAAUUACAGGAUACAUUGUCGAACGGAAAGAGAAGACUUCAUCUCGUUGGGUCCGUGUCACAAAGGAGACAGUUACUGAGACGACGCUUACAGUAACUGGUUUGACUGAGGGUUCCGAGUACCAGUUCAGAAUCAUUGCUGAGAACUUAGCAGGUCCUGGACCAGCUAGUGAGCCAUCCGAUCUGCAGAAGGCCAAGUUGCCAUUUGAUGUUCCCUCUGCACCUGGAAAGCCGGACAUCACUUCUAUUAACAAGACAGAGAUGGAGCUAACCUGGACUGUACCAGAAUCUGAUGGUGGCAGUCCAAUCACUGGUUAUACCAUUGAGAAGAAGGAGAAGACUGGAAAAUGGACAAAGGCUAUCAAAACUGUGGUAACCGAGACAACAACUACUGUAACGAACUUGAUUGAGAAGAAGGAAUACCAAUUUAGGGUUGCAGCCAUUAAUCUUGCUGGAACUGGUCCAUUCAGUGAACCCUCAGACAACAAAAUGGCCAAAGCACCUUAUGAUGUACCUGGCCCACCUUCUAAACCUACUACUGAAAACAUCAACAAGACAACAAUCACAGUAACCUGGACACCUCCAGAAAACGAUGGCGGUUCACCUGUCAUGGGCUACAUUGUCGAGAAGUGUGAGGCAGCCCGAGGUCGCUGGGUGAAGUGUAAUAAAGAUCUAGUGACUGAACUGACACUGACCAUAUCUGACCUGCAUGAAGGUAACGAAUAUCAGUUCAGAGUGUCAGCUGAGAAUGCAGCAGGAGUUGGUCAACCAAGUCCACCAUCAGACACUGUGAAGGCCAAGCUGCCAUUUGACGCCCCUGGAGCCCCAGGUAAACCACAGGUCACCGAGUACAACAUUACCAAGAUGACAAUCACCUGGACCCCUCCUGAAUCAGAUGGUGGUAGUCCAAUUACAGGAUACAUUGUCGAACGGAAAGAGAAGACUUCAUCUCGUUGGGUCCGUGUUACAAAAGAAACAGUUACUGAGACAACACUCACAGUAACUGGUCUGACUGAAGGUUCUGAAUACCAGUUCAGGAUCAUUGCUGAGAACUUAGCAGGUCCUGGACCAGCUAGUGAGCCAUCCGAUCUGCAGAAGGCCAAGUUGCCAUUUGAUGUUCCAUCUGCACCUGGAAAACCAGACAUCACUUCUUUCGACAAGACGGAGAUGGAACUAACCUGGACUUUACCAGAAUCCGAUGGUGGCAGUCCGAUCACUGGUUAUACCAUCGAGAAGAAGGAGAAGACUGGAAAAUGGACAAAGGCCAUCAAAACGGUUGUUACUGAGACAACGACUACUGUGACGAACUUGAUUGAGAAGAAGGAAUACCAAUUUAGGGUUGCAGCCAUUAAUCUUGCUGGAACUGGUCCAUUCAGUGAACCCUCAGACAACAAAAUGGCCAAAGCACCUUAUGAUGUACCUGGCCCACCUUCUAAACCUACUACUGAAAACAUCAACAAGACAACAAUCACAGUUACCUGGACACCUCCAGAAAACGAUGGUGGCUCUCCCAUCAAGGGCUACAUUGUUGAGAGAUGUGAGGCAGCCCGAGGUCGCUGGGUGAAGUGUAAUAAAGAUCUAGUGACUGAACUGACACUGACCAUAUCUGACCUGCAUGAAGGUAACGAGUACCAAUUCAGAGUGUCAGCUGAGAAUGCAGCAGGAGUUGGUCAACCAAGUCCACCAUCAGACACUGUGAAAGCCAAGUUGCCAUUCGAUGCCCCUGGAGCCCCAGGUAAACCACAGGUCACUGAGUACAACAUCACCAAGAUGACAAUCACUUGGACCCCUCCUGAAUCAGAUGGUGGAAGCCCAAUUACGGGAUACAUUGUAGAACGCAAAGAGAAGACCUCAUCCCGAUGGGUCCGUGUUACAAAGGAGACAGUUACUGAGACAACACUCACAGUAACUGGCCUCACUGAGGGUUCUGAAUACCAGUUCAGAAUCAUUGCUGAGAACUUAGCAGGUCCUGGACCUGCAAGCGAGCCCUCCGAUCUACAAAAGGCCAAGUUGCCAUUCGAUGCCCCUUCAGCUCCAGGAAAGCCAGAAGUGACAUCAGCAGAUAAAACACAGAUGGAACUCACCUGGACUGUGCCUGAUUCAGAUGGUGGAAGCCCAAUCACGGGAUAUAUCAUCCAGAAGAUGGAAAACAAUGGCAAAUGGACCCAGGCCUUGAAGACAACCACUACUGAGACUAUAGCUACGAUCAAGAGUCUGAUCGAGAAGAAGGAAUAUGAGUUCCGUGUUGCAGCUGUGAACCUUGCUGGCACUGGUCCCUUCAGCGAACCAUCAGAUUCCAAAAUUGCAAAAGCACCAUAUGACGUUCCUGGUCCUCCUGGAAAGCCAAAUAUAUUGGAAGUGGACAGCACAUCAAUGACAAUAACCUGGACACCACCUGAAAGUGAUGGUGGUUCCCCAGUCACAGGCUAUAUGGUGGAGAAGAGAGAUCGCGUGUCUUCAAGAUGGACAAAGGUCAAGGAGACAUCAAUCGAGGAGGUGGUAUACACAAUCAUAGACCUCAAGGAAGGCAAUGACUACCAAUUCAGGGUUUCGGCUGAAAACAAAGCUGGCAUUGGUAAACCCAGUGAGCCAUCUGACCAGCGCAGGGCCAAACCACCUUAUGAAGACCCGCAUGACCUAACAUGGACACCACCUACAGAUGAUGGCGGUGCUGAAAUACUGGGCUACAUUGUGGAGAAAUGCGAUGCCGAUCGUAAACGUUGGACCAAGGCCCACAAAGAAGACCUUGUCACUGAACUAACACUCACUCUCAAUGACCUCACAGAGGGUAAAAACUACAUGUUUAGGGUCAGUGCUGAAAACGCCGCAGGUGUUGGCGAAUCAAGUCCAGCUACUCAACCAAAGAAGGCUAAGCCACCUUAUGAUGAGCCUGGCCCACCUCCUCCUCCUACACCAACCAAUGUGGAUCGAACCUCUGUCCAUCUCACUUGGUUACCUCCUGAUGAUGACGGUGGUUCCGAGGUUACAGGCUACAUCAUUGAAAAGAGGGAUAAAUCUCGGGAUAAGUGGACUAAUGUCAACAAAGAACCUAUUCCUCAGACCAGCUUCACUGUCACGGGACUGACAGAAGAUGCCAUCUAUGAUUUCCGUGUCAGUGCUGUGAACAUAGCUGGCGUAGGACCACCAAGUCUGCCUUCUGAGACAAUCAAGUCCAAACUGCCAUUUGAUGUUCCUGGAGCACCUAGUACACCUGUUCCAUCUGACAUUACUGAGACAUCAGUUUAUCUGGAAUGGUCACCUCCUUCCAGCAAUGGUGGUGCAGAAAUCACAGAGUACAUCAUAGAGCGGAAGGACCGCUUCUCUUCCCGUUGGACCAAGGCUGGCCAGACGCAAGGAGAUACUGUCACAAUCACUCUCAAAGACCUGAAGGAAGGGAAUGAAUAUCAGUUCAGAGUGAUCGCUGUCAAUCCAGCUGGACCUGGGAGUCCCAGUGAUGCCUGUAAACCAUUUGUGGCCAAGCCUCCAUAUGAUGUUCCUGAUGCGCCAGGUAAACCAACGCCCUCUGAUUUAUCUCCAACCUCUGUAACAUUGACCUGGACACCUCCUGCUUCUGAUGGUGGAAGCCCUAUCACAGGCUACACUGUGGAGAUGAAGGAUAAGUUUAGCUCCCGUUGGACAAAGGCCAUCAGAGAAUUGAUUUCAGAAACCACUGUAGUCAUCCCAAAUCUCAAAGAGAAAGAGGAGUAUCAGUUCCGAGUGAUUGCAGAGAAUAAGGCUGGACAAAGUAAACCAAGCCCAGAACUUCAGGUUACAGCCAAAUAUCCAUUUGAACCACCUCAAGCACCAACUAUUGACAAUGUCACCAGAGAGUCUCCCACUUCUGCUACCAUCAAGUGGUCCCCUCCCAAAUCAGAUGGAGGAUCUGAGAUUACCUGCUAUGUCUUGGAAAAGAAGGAAAAGAUGUCUCCACGUUGGUCUCCUGUGACCGAAUCUGAGACCGAGAUGUCAUUCACGGUGAAAGGACUGCCAGAUGGUGAGAACGUGGAAUUCAGGGUCACUGCUGUCAACAAAGCCGGCACUGGAAAACCAAGUCAGGUGGCAACAUUAGCUGCCAAGCCGCCAGGUGCUCCUGAAGCACCCGAGAUCAGUGACGUUGACAAGACAUCAGCAACGGUGACGUGGACAGCGCCCUCAUCUGAUGGAGGUAGCACAAUCACGGGUUACACCAUAGAGCGUAGGGAAAAAGGAAGAGAUCGCUGGGUGAGGGUCAACAAGAGCCUGGUGAAGGAUACAACCUUGAAAGUCAAUGAUCUUACAGAAAAGAACCAGUAUGAGUUCAGAGUCAUUGCUGAAAACAAAGUUGGUGCUGGUGAACCCAGCAGCCCGUCAUCAAGAUUUACAGCCAAGGCUCCAUUUGAUGAACCAGAGCCUCCAUACUCCCUUGCUGCAUCUGACAUCACUCCAACGUCUGCCACACUGUCUUGGUUACCACCUGACUCUGAUGGAGGCAGUCCUAUACUAGGCUACACCCUGGAGACCAAGGACAAGUUCAGCUCUCGCUGGACUAAAGUCAACAAGGACCUUCUCCCAGAUACCUCCUUCAAGGUGACCAACCUCCAGGAGAACAAUGAGUAUGUGUACCGUGUCAUUGCAGAGAACAAGGCUGGUCCAAGUAAACCAAGUCAUGAAUGCAAGUUCAUUGCCAAACACCAGUUUGAAACACCAGAAGCACCCGGAUAUGUUGUUGCUAAGGAUACUACCCCUACCUCUGCCAUCAUCACAUGGAAAGAGCCCUCGUAUGACGGUGGUAGUCCAAUUACGGGUUACACCGUCGAAAUGAAGGAGCCAUACAGCACAAGGUGGACCCCAGUCAACAGAGAACCAAUCAAUGAGAGGGAACUACUAGUGAAGAGGUUGAAAGAGAAUGAGAACUACCAGUUCCGCGUGGUGGCCCAUAACCUCGCUGGGCCAGGCAAACCGAGUCAAUCGGUCAAUGUCACUGCGAAAUAUCCAUUUGAGGCUCCGAAACCGCCAGCUCCCCCAGAAGUAAAACGUCUCUCACCAACGUCUGUCCAACUCAAUUGGACAGCACCCACAUCUGAUGGUGGCUCAGAGGUCACUGGCUACAUAAUUGAAAAGAAGGACAAGACCGGUCGAUGGUCACCUGUGACAUCAGACUCCAUCGAAGAUACAACCUUCACUGUCAAGGGAUUGAAAGAAGGAGAGGACGUGGAGUUCAGGGUCAGUGCCGUCAACAAGGCAGGUAGCGGUAAACCCAGUGAAGUGACGGUUGUUGCAGCCAAGCCACCAAGUGCCCCUGGCAAGCCUGAAGUCUCUGAUAUCCAGAAGACAUCUGCUGUUGUCACAUGGACUGCACCUGAAAGUGAUGGUGGCAGUCCGGUGACAGGCUACAUCGUUGAAAAGAGAGAAAGGGGACGUGACCACUGGGUCAGAGUCAACAGAAAACCUGUUACUGAGACCAACAUGAAGAUACCUGACCUUGUGGAAAGGAACAACUAUGAGUUCAGAGUUAUUGCUGAAAACAGGGCAGGACCCGGAGAAGCAAGUGAUGCAUCUGCAAGCUUUUUAGCCAAGGCACCGUUUGAUGUACCAACUGCUCCUGGUGUACCAAAAGCAUCUAAUAUCAGUCCAAACUCUGUGACUCUCACCUGGACCGCUCCUGAUUCUGAUGGUGGUAGCCCAAUCACUGAAUACAUCCUUGAAUCCAAGGACAAGUACAGCACCAAGUUCAGUCCAGUAACUCGGGAUACAAUUACUGAUCUCACCUUCACUUUGAAGAACUUGAAAGAGAAUGGAGAAUACCUGUUCAGGGUGAUUGCUCAGAACAAAGCUGGACCCGGUGAACCAAGCAGGGAGACAAAAGUUGUAGCCAAAUUCGGCUUUGAGGUACCACAAGCACCAAGUGCUCCAGAAGUAAGGCGCCUCUCACCAACGUCUGUCCAACUUGACUGGACCCCACCUUUCUCAGAUGGUGGAUCUGAUAUUACUGGUUACAUCAUUGAAAAGAAAGAUAAGUCUGGCCGCUGGACACCUGUGUCAUCUGACUCCAUUGAUGGUACUACCUUUACUGUUAAAGGUCUUCCAGAUGAUGAGGACGUCGAAUUCAGAAUCAGUGCUGUUAACAAGGCAGGUCAGAGUAAACCAAGUCAAGUGACCAUCCUGACUGCGAAGCCUCCUAGUGCUCCUGGAAAACCGGAAGUAAGCGAUAUCAACAAGACUUCUGCAACUGUGACAUGGAAGGCACCUUCCUCAGAUGGUGGCAGCAGUAUAACUGGCUACAUUGUGGAGAAGAGAGAGAAAGGCAGAGACCGUUGGAUACGUGUAAACCGAAAACCUGUAGAUUCCCUCACCAUGAAGGUCACCGAUCUUACAGAAAAGACCGACUAUGAGUUCAGAGUGAUUGCUGAGAACAGGAUAGGACAGGGACAGCCUAGUGAACCAUCAGCAAAAUUCAUUGCAAAGUCUCCAUUUGAUGUGCCUACUGCACCCGGAGCCCCCAAAGCCUCAGAUAUCACUCCAACCAGCCUAACUCUUACCUGGACCCCACCAAAAGAUGAUGGUGGAAGCCCCAUAACUAAUUAUAUCAUCGAAUGGAAGGAUAAAUUUAGCACACGGUUCACCAUACUUAAGAAAGACUUGUUCACUGAACUCACAUUCAAGGUGACUGGUUUGAAGGACAAGACAGAGUAUACCUUUAGGAUCAUUGCAGAAAACAAAGAAGGCCAAAGUGAACCUAGCAAGGAGACUGAGGUCGUUGCUAAAUAUGGAUUUGACAUCCCUCAAGCGCCUAGUGCUCCCGAAGUCAAGCGUAUUUCCCCAACAGAAGUCGAGCUCUCCUGGGACCCACCAAGAUCUGAUGGUGGUGCUGACAUCACAGGCUACAUCUUGGAGAAGAAGGACAAGUCUGGUCGCUGGAUCCCUGUCGCAGACUCCAUCGAUGGAACAUCUUUCAAUGUCAAGGGUCUGAAGGAAGGAGAGAACGUUGAAUUCCGCGUCAUUGCUGUCAAUAAAGCAGGGAAAGGCAAACCUAGUGAAGUGUCAUUGGUAGCUGUUAAGCCUCCAGGAGCACCUGGUAUGCCUGAGGUCAGUGACAUUGACAAGAAUUCUGUUACACUGAACUGGACACCACCUACCUCAGAUGGCGGAAGCACCAUCAUUGGAUAUACAGUGGAGAAACGAGAAAAGGGGAGGAGCUGGAUCAGGGUCAACAGAGCUCUGGUCAAGGAAACUACAAUGACAGUAUCAGACCUUAUUGAGAAGAAUGACUACGAGUUUAGGGUCAUUGCUGAGAACAAGGUUGGCCCAGGAGAACCUAGUAAUCCUUCCAUCAAAUUUAUAGCCAAGGCUCCAUUUGAUGUUCCUGCUGCUCCUGAUGCUCCGGAACCAUCAAAUGUCACACCGACCACGGCUACCUUGACGUGGACUCUACCAAAACGAGAUGGAGGUAGCCCCAUCACCGGCUACAUCCUGGAGAUGAAGGACAGAUAUGCUACCCGAUGGACCCAAGUCAACAAGGAUUCAAUGACAGAGCUUACAUGUACCCUGACGACCCUCAAGGAAGGGACAGAGUAUCAAUUCAGGGUCAGCGCAGUCAACAAGGCAGGGCAGAGCAAACCCAGCAUGGAAACUGUUGUCAUUGCAAAGCAUCCAUUCGACGUCCCUGGGGCCCCGUCCGCCCCUAGCAUCACAAAAGCCACACCCAGUAGUAUCCACCUCGCAUGGCGCCCUCCAAAAUUAGACGGUGGCAGUCGUGUCACGGGAUACUACAUUGAGAUGAAGGAAGAAUACCAUCCACGGUGGUCACCAAUCAGCAAAGUUGCUAUCAAAGACACUGAUUACAGGGUCACGGAGUUGACCAAGAAUGAAAUAUAUUACUUCCGAGUGAUAGCAGAAAACAAAGCAGGACAGGGCAAACCUAGUUUGGAUACAAAAGCGAUCACUAAGUAUCCAUUUGAUGUUCCUGAUGCUCCAACUAUUGAUGACGUGUCCCGAAUCUCUGAGACAUCAGCUAAGAUCAAGUGGACACCUCCAAAUAAUGAUGGGGGUGCAGAAAUCACUGGCUACAUUAUUGAGAAGAAGGACCAUCUGGCAGUCAAAUGGUCUCCUGUCAUUGAAGAUACCAUAGACAACACCUCCUUCACUGUUAAGAACUUGAGAGAAGGAGAAGAUGUUGAAUUCAGAGUAAGUGCCAUCAACAAGGCAGGUACUGGCAAGCCCAGUUCCAUUGCUACCCUUGCAGCCAAGCCACCAGGCCCACCAGGUGUCCCUGAGGCAAGCAAUAUUGACAAGACAUCAGCAACGCUCACCUGGACCCCACCUGAAUCAGAUGGAGGCAGUAAGGUGACUGGAUAUAUUGUUGAGAGAAGGGAGAGAGGGCUGGAUCGAUGGAUGAAAGUAAACAGAGCUCCUGUGAAGGAUGUGACUCUGAGGGUGUCUGAUCUGACAGAAAAGAAACACUAUGAGUUCAGGGUCACUGCUGAGAAUAAGGCUGGUCUUGGAGAGCCAAGUGAUUCUGUCUCCUUUGUUGCCAAACCACCUUUUGAUGUCCCAGGAGCACCAAGCACCCCUGUAGCAUCUGAUAUCACACCAACAUCUGUGAACCUCAGCUGGUCACCACCUUACUCAGAUGGUGGUAGUCCUAUCACAUCCUAUAUCAUUGAGGUAAAGGACCGCUACAGCUCUCGAUGGACCAAGGCUAAGGACAUGGUGACUGAGCAAAGUUUCCAAUUGACAAACCUGAAGGAAAACAAUGAGUAUCAGUUCAGGGUGAUUGCUGAGAACAAAGCCGGGCCGGGUGAACCUAGUCCCGCCAUCAAUGUCACAGCCAAGUACGAGUUUGAUACUCCACAAGCUCCUGCUGAACCAGAAGUGAGGCGCACUUCACCAACAUCUGUUGAGCUGUCAUGGGUAAAACCAAAAUCUGAUGGUGGCUCCAAGAUCAAGGGUUACAUCAUCGAGAAGAAGGUCAAAGGUGGACCCUGGACCCAGGUCACCACAGAUACUGUUGAUGGCACCUCAUUCACUGUCCGAGGCCUACCCGAGGAUGAGGAUGUGGAGUUUCGCAUCAGUGCUGUCAACAAGGCUGGUGUGGGUACACCAAGCAACACUGUUGUCAUUGCCUUUAAACCACCUGGACCUCCUGGAACACCUGAGAUCAGUGAUGUUGACAAGACAUCGGCAACCUUGACAUGGACACCUCCAAAGCAGGAUGGUGGAAGCAAGGUCACGGGCUACGUUGUUGAGAAAAGGGAAAAGGGUCGAGAUCGAUGGGUACGCAUCAAUAGGAGUCCUGUUAUGGAGGUCACCAUGUCAAUCACAGAUCUGACCGAGAAGAAUGAGUAUGAGUUCCGAGUUAUUGCUGAGAACAAGGUUGGACUUGGAGAGCCCAGCAGCCCUUCAGAGAAGAUUGUUGCCAAAGCACCUUUUGAUGUUCCUUCUCCACCAAAAUCCUUGAAGGCAACGGACCUGACACCAACUUCUGUAACCCUCGACUGGUCUGCUCCACUAUCAAAUGGAGGUAGCCCAAUUGUUGGAUAUACUGUUGAGAUGAAGGAUAAGUUCAGUACACGCUGGACCAAUGUCUCGGAACAUACAGUGACAACACUAUCUUUCACUGUGCCAAAUCUGAAAGAAAAGAAUGAUUACCAGUUCCGUGUCAUUGCCCACAACAAAGCCGGUCCGGGCCAACCUAGUGAGCCAAUCAGUGUUACUGCCAAAUUCCCAUUUAAUGCACCAGAAGCACCUUCCGCCCCGUCCAUUGAGCGCAUUUCACCAACGUCUGUCAAACUUUCGUGGAGUCCACCCUCUUCCGAUGGUGGGGACAAAGUUGCUGGUUACAUCAUUGAGAAGAAGGACCGUUUCUCUACAAGAUGGACACCAGUCACAAAAGACACAAUCAAUGACACAUCUUUCACCAUCAAAGGACUCAAGGAAGGCGAGGAAGCCGAGUUCAGGGUCGUUGCAUUCAACAAGGCAGGCUCUGGAAAACCAAGUCAGACCACUGUUCUUGCAGCAUCGCCACCAGGUCCACCAGGAUCACCAUCCAUCAAUGAUGUCAAGCAGACGUCCAUUACCCUGUCCUGGACACCUCCUGAAUCAGAUGGAGGUAGUAAGGUUAUUGGGUACAUUGUGGAGAAGAAGGAUAUGGGCCGCUGGGUGAAGGUCAACCGAUCCCCAGUCCGGGAAACUACCAUGGUGGUGCCUGAUUUGGUGGAGAAGAGUGAAUAUGAGUUCAGAGUCUUGGCUGAAAACAAGAUUGGAGUUGGUGAACCAAGUGCACCUUCAUCUAGAGUGGUGGCAAAAUUGCCUUUUGAUGUACCUGACAGGCCAGAUCAACCCAAUGUUAUAGAUGUGGAUAAGAAUGAAAUGACUGUGAAAUGGUCGCCUCCUUAUAGUGAUGGAGGUUCCAAGAUAACAGGGUACAUUGUUGAGAUGAAAGAGCCUUACUCUUCUAGAUGGUCACAAAUCACAAAAACAACAGACCUAUCCUUCAAGGUUACUCGUCUGUCAGAGGGCAAAGAUUAUCAGUUCAGAAUAAUUGCCGAGAACAAGGCAGGCCAGAGUCAGCCCAGUGAACCAUCAAAGACAUUCACUGCCAAGUUACCUUUUGGUGUUCCUGGAGCUCCAGACACACCGGAACUGACUGACAUCAAGGACUUCUCACUCACUGUCAAAUGGUUAGCUCCUACAUCUGAUGGUGGCUCUCCCAUUAUCGGAUACUUUGUAGAGCAGAAAGACCGCUACAGCACCCGUUGGCAACGUAUCAAGUCAUCCCCAAUACCAGAUUUGAAGUUCACUGUCACCAACGUACAGGAUGAUGCUGAGUGUGAAUUCCAUGUCAUUGCGAUCAACAAGGCAGGUGAAGGAAAGCCAUCACAAUCGGUCUCCCUAACCUUCAGACUCCCUGGACCUCCAGGAACCCCAGAGGUGUACAACCCCACUGACAGGUCUGUUGACUUGAGGUGGACUCCUCCGACUGACCAAGGAGGAACCAGGAUCACUGGUUACUUCAUUGAGAAGUGUGAAGUCGGCAAAGAUAACUGGGUGAGGAUCAACCGUUCAUCCAUCAGGGAGGCCAACUAUGUUGUUGGUGAUCUAACUCUGAACUGCAGGUUCAAGUUCCGUGUCUGUGCAGAGAACAGAGCUGGCGUUGGACCUCCAAGUGAUUAUUCUGAGUCAGUCCUCAUCAAACUGCCCUAUGAUGUUCCUGAAGCUCCCGAUACUCCAAAGAUCUCUGAUGUCACCAACGAUUCUAUGGUGAUCAGCUGGCAACCACCGUACUCUGACGGAGGAAGUCAGAUCACUGACUACAUCAUCGAGAAGAAAGAACCAUACAGCUCUAAGUGGGUUCCGGUCACCAAGACAAGAGAUCUCAGUUAUAAGAUCACUGGGCUGAAGGAGAAUGGGGACUAUGAGUUCAGAGUCGCUGCUGUGAAUAGGGCAGGGGCCAGUGAGUUUUCAGUACCAACACCAUCAACUAAAGCUAAACUCCCAUAUGAUGUACCAUCGCAGCCACACUCAUUAAAGAUCACUGAUGUUGAACCGAUGUCUGUUACUCUUGAAUGGAGUGAACCUGAUAGUGAUGGUGGUGAUAAUGUCUCUGGAUACGUUAUUGAGAAGAAAGACCGAUUCAGUCCUCGCUGGACACCUGUCAAUCAAACUGCCGUCACUGACACAAAGUUCAAGGUAACAGGACUCAAGGAUGGGCAGGACUGCGAGUUUAGAGUCGUUGCCAAGAACAGAGCAGGAACCAGCCAGCCCAGCAGUGUGGCCACAUUCUCUAUAAAGCCCCCUGAGGCCCCAUCACGACCGGAUAUCAAGAAGGUCACAGAGAACUCUGUCACCUUGUCCUGGUCACCACCAGAAUCUGAUGGAGGAAGCCCUGUGACUAACUACAUCAUUGAGCGCCGUGAACCCGAUAGGGAUUACUGGGUCAAGGCCACAAGAUUCCCCAUCACUGACACCAGCUUCACUGUCCAGGAUCUCACUCCCAAACACAAAUAUGAGUUCAGAGUAAUUGCUGAAAAUAAAGCCGGGCCAGGAGGAGCUAGUGAGGCCAGUAAAUCCGUCAUUGCUAAGCCACCAUAUGAUGUUCCAGAUGUUCCUGUUGACUUGGAGGUUACCAACAUUACAAAGAACAGUGCUGAACUCCUCUGGAAUCCACCCAUGGAUGAUGGAGGCAGCCCUAUCACAAACUACAUCGUUGAGGUGAAGGACAAGUUUGGCGUCAGAUGGACACAGCUUGGCAAACCCACCAAGACAAGCUUCAAAGUCACCAACUUAAGAACUGGAUCUGAAUAUGAGUUCCAGGUCCGAGCUGAGAACAAGGCCGGUGUUGGUGAACCAAGCCAAUCAACUAAGCCCAUUGUGGCAAAGGAUGCUUAUGACGUACCUGAUGCACCAGGUAAACCAGAACCCAGCAGUCUAACAGAGACCUCUGUCACGCUCACUUGGACUCCACCACCUUCUGAUGGAGGUAGCCAAAUCACAGGCUAUAUUGUGGAAAAGAAAGAAGACUUCAUGACCCGUUGGGUCAGUGCCACCCGAAGCCCUAUCCACAAAACAACUUUGACCCUGGAUGACCUUAAAGAAGGAUCAGAAUAUACCUUCCGGGUCAUUGCUGAGAAUAAGGCUGGCCAGAGUCAACCCAGUGAACCAUGCAGAUCAUUCAAGGCCAAGAAACCAUAUGGCGUACCCGAUUCUCCAGGGUCACCGGAAGUAUCCAACAUCACUGAGACUUCAGCAACACUAAACUGGAAACCACCUAUAUCAGAUGGCGGCAGCCCGGUCACAAACUAUGUUAUUGAGAAGCGUGAAGGUGCCGGUGGACGCUGGACCACGUGCAAUAAAUUUGAUGUGAGCGAGACUUCAUUCACCAUUCGUGACCUGAGAUCGGGUCAUGAUUACUCUUUCCGCGUGACUGCAGUCAACAAGGCUGGAGCUGGCAAGCCAAGUGCUCCUUCAGAAAGCUUCAAGGCACAACCUCCUUAUGUUCCACCUGAGGCACCAUCUGCACCCAUCAUUGAGGCAGUCACUGCCAAUUCUGCCUCAUUGUCAUGGGAACCGCCAAGAGUGGAUGGAGGAAGUCGAAUCAUUGACUACAUAGUGGAAAAGAAAGAUGCCUUCAGCAUCCGCUGGACUGAGGUCAACAGAACACCGGAGACCACCUUCACCGUGCCAAAGCUUAAAGAGGGAGACAAUGUCCAAUUCAGGGUGACAGCAGUGAACAAAGCCGGACCAGGAAAACCCAGUCAGUCUUCAGUUACUGUCACAUUGAAACCUGAAUUCACUGUUCCUGAUGCGCCCUCUCAGCCCACUGCCGUGGAGCUGGAUGCUGUCUCUAUCACCGUGAGGUGGUCAGCACCAAAGAGUGAUGGAGGAAGCCGAAUCACCAACUACAUCGUGGAGAUGAAGGAACAGUUUGCCUCUUUCUGGAAACGUGUAUCUACCAAGGAGAGCACUGAACUGACAUACCAGAGUUUAAAUUUAGGAAUGAAAUUUGAUACCAAAUUUAUGGAAAAGACGACUGGACUGAAGGAGAAUCAUAAUUAUGAGUUCAGAGUGAUCGCAGUAAAUAAAGCUGGAGAGGGCAAACCAAGUUCUGUCGGUGGACCUUUCAUGACCAAGGCAACCUACACUGUUCCAUCUGCUCCGGGCGUACCCGACGUCAGCAACGUGAAAUCCACAUCCAUGACUGUUACCUGGACACCUUCCACCUCAGACGGAGGCAGCCCGAUCACGGGCUACACCCUGGAGAAGUGCGAUGUGAGCACAGGUCGUUGGGUACCUGUCAACCGUGUACCACUCAAAGAGACAAGUCUUGUCGUGGACCAGUUGAGGGAGAAGUCCGAGUACUGCUUCAGGGUUGUGGCGCACAAUGCUGCAGGGGAGAGCAAGCCAAGUGAGCCAUCAAAGGCACACAUUGCCAAGCCACCUUAUGGUCUUCCUGAUGCUCCAGCCAAGCCAGAUAUCACCAACAUUGAUGCCAAGCAGAUCACACUUGCCUGGUCUCCGCCUUGGUCUGAUGGUGGUUCACCAAUCAUCGGCUACCACAUCGAGAAGAAGGACAGGUACUCAGUCCGUUGGACACGUGCCACCCGCGAGACUAUCCACGAUACACAGUAUGUCAUGCGUGAGUUGACGGAAGGCGGGGAGUAUGAGUUCAGAGUGGCGGCUGAAAACAAGGCUGGGGUUGGACCAUUCAGUGAAACUACAGGAACUGUGAUUGCAAAGAGUCCAUUUGAUGUUCCAUCAGCACCAGGAACACCAAAGAUCUCUGACAUCACUGGAACAACUUUGGUCCUCACCUGGACACCUCCAUCCUCUGAUGGCGGUACAGAGAUCACCAACUACCUCAUAGAACUGCGUGAUCGGUAUGGACGUUGGACCAAAGUAAAUCGCACUCAGGUUCUCAGUACCAAGUUCAAAGUGACGAAUCUAUCCGAAGGUGACAGCUAUGAGUUCCGAGUGACAGCAGAGAACAAGAUUGGUGCUGGGAAACCAAGUGACUCAACCCAGAAGGUUACUGCUAAGCCACCAUACAACCAACCCGCAGCUCCAAACGAACCCGAGAUCACCAACGUCACGGCCGACUCCGUCACCUUGACCUGGUCUCCUCCCAGGGACGAUGGCGGAAGCUCCAUCACGGGAUACUUCAUCGAGAAGAAGGACAAGUUCAGCCCACGCUGGACCAGGGUCAACCACGAUGCAGUGACGGAUACCAAGUUCACUGUUCCAGGUCUCGUCCCUGGCGAAGAGUACCAGUUCAGGGUGGUGGCACAGAACAAGGCGGGGGCUAGCAAACCAAGUGAACCUACACAAUCAACUGUGGCCAAAUCGCCAUUCAACGAACCCGGAGCACCAGGUGCCCCUGAGGCAAGCAAUAUUGCCGAGACGUCUUUGACCCUGACAUGGACCCCGCCAUUCUCUGAUGGUGGAAGCCGUAUCACUGGAUACUAUGUUGAGAUGAAGGACCGUAUGUCUCGCAGGUGGAGUCCUGUCAACUAUGAGUCCAUGGAGGAUACCAAGCUCAAGGUAACGGGACUGACUGAAGGAACAGAGUACGAGUUCAGAGUUGUUGCAGAAAAUGAUGCUGGUCGUAGUAAACCAAGUCCAACCAGCUACCCAGUGAAGGCCAAAUCACCAUUCAAUGUUCCAAGUGCUCCCGGCACCCCAUCCAUCUCAGACAUCUCCUCGACCAACAUGACUCUCCGCUGGGCCCCACCUGAAUCUGAUGGAGGUUCAACAAUCAUCACCUACAUUGUGGAGCGCAGAGAGCAGUUCUCUACACGAUGGGUCCAGAUUAGUCGCUAUGACUUCACAGAGACCACAUUCUCAGUGACAGGGCUGAAGGAUGGCAAUGACUACGAAUUCAGAGUAGCUGCUAAGAACAAGAUUGGUAUUGGUAAAUUCAGCGAGCCAACACGACCUACCAAAGCCAAGGAACCCUAUGAUGUUCCAGACUCACCCAGCACCCCUGAUGUCAGCAACAUCACUGCAGACUCGAUGACCCUGACAUGGUCAGCCCCAAAAACCGAUGGAGGCAGUCCUAUUACAGGCUACGUCAUUGAAAAGAGAGAGCCUGGCCGAAGUGGAUGGACAGUGGUCAAUCGAUCACCCAUCACCAGCCUCUCCUGUGUGGUGCCUAACCUGAGACAGGGAGCAGAGUAUGAGUUUAGAGUGAUUGCAGAAAACAAAGCUGGCCUGGGACGCCCAAGUCAGGUUUCACACCCUUUCACUGCUAAGCCUCCUUACACUACUCCAGGCAUCCCAGAUCAACCUGAGGUAGAGGAUGUCACUGCAACCACCAUUACAAUCUCUUGGCGGCCACCAUCUUAUGAUGGUGGUAGCAAGAUCACUGGCUACACCAUUGAGUCCAAGAGCGAUGCAACCAUGCGAUGGGUGAAGAUUGAGAGCAGUGUACCGGAUACAACGUACACCGCUGACAGGCUGAAGGAAUUCUCAGAGUACCAGUUCAGAGUUGCUGCCAUUAACAAGGCAGGACGUAGCGACUUCAGCAAACCAUCUCGCCCUGUUACAUGCAAGCCACCUUACGACCCACCUCCUCCACCCGAUUCCCCAGACGUGUACAACAUCACUCCAAACAGUGCCACAUUGACCUGGUCAGCCCCGCGUCAAGACGGGGGAUCACCCAUCACUGGUUAUGUGAUAGACAAGAAGGACAAAUAUUCUACCCGUUGGGUCAAGGUUGAGGAAGUGCCUGCUGAUACCACAGACUUCACCCUCAGAGGACUCCAGGAAGGUAACGACUAUGAGUUCAGGGUCAGCGCCGUCAACGCUGCAGGAGUUGGGAAGCCAAGUGCACCGUGCGAACGAUUUACUGCAAAGGCACAAUAUGGUGUACCUGAUGCACCAAGCCCACCCUCCAUCUCAGACAUCACACCAUCAUCCAUGACACUAUCCUGGGAACCACCAGCAUCAGACGGUGGCAGCACCAUCACCGGUUACAUCGUGGAGAAGAGGGAAAGUCCAGUGGGUCGCUGGGUCCGUGUUAACCGUGCGCCGGUCAAGGAGACAACCUUCAAGGUCAAUGACCUGACCGAGGAUAGAAAGUAUGAGUUCAGGAUUAGCGCAGAGAAUGCUGCAGGUGUUGGCAAACCAAGCGAGGUGUCUCUGCCACGAGUCGCCAAGUCACCAUAUGAUGCUCCCAGUGCACCUGGUCGCCCUAUAGCAACUAACAUAGACUCCACAGAGCUGGUUCUUGAAUGGACCCCUCCUGUCAGUGAUGGAGGCAGUCCAAUCACCAACUAUGUCAUCGAAGCCAGAGACAAGUUUGGACUCCGAUGGUCAAAGAUCAACCGCCAGACAGUCAGCAACACAAGUUUCAAGGUGACUGGGUUGAAGCCAAAUGAUGAGUAUCAGUUCAGGGUCAUUGCCGAGAACAAGGUUGGUCUUGGAAGACCAAGCGACAAUACCGAGCCCAUCAUAGCAAGGCCUCCUUUUGACACUCCUGAUUCACCAGAAAAUGUGCAAGUAACAGCAACUACAGCAUCCUCUGCCACUCUUGAAUGGAGUCCUCCCUUCUCUGAUGGCGGUUCUCCAGUUACCGGAUACAUUGUAGAACGCAAGGAUCAGUACAGUACCAGGUGGACACGUGUUAACAGAGUUCCAGUCACAGACCCGAAAAUGGUUGUUGGAGACCUUAAAGAAGGCCUACAGUACCAGUUCAGGGUCAGUGCUGAGAACAGAGCAGGUAUCGGUCGUGCUAGUGACUCAACAAAACCAACCAUUAUCAAGGAUCCAGUUGAUGCACCAUCUGCACCUCUUGAGCCAACCAUCACCAGUAUCACUGAAGACUCUGCUACUCUUACAUGGGCUGCACCUUCCCGAGACGGUGGUUCCGCUAUCACUGGGUACAUUGUAGAGCGCAAGGACCCCUACACUGCCCGAUGGACACCAGUAGAGAGGGUCACAGACACCACCUGCAAGAUCCCAGGCUUAAAGGAGGGUAAUGAAUACCAGUUCAGAGUCUUGGCUACCAAUAGAGCUGGCCAGAGUGUGCCAAGUAACCCCACCCAGCCAAAGGUGGCUAAGUCACCCUACGAUGUUCCUGAAGCCCCAAGCAAGCCACAGGUCACUGAAGUAAAGGCAACGUCAGUAACUCUAAAGUGGCGUCCUCCAAGCAGUGAUGGUGGUUCUCCUGUCACCGGGUACGUUGUCCAGAAGAAGGAGAGACUUGCACUCCGCUGGACCCCUGUAAACAAUACACCGGUAGGUGAUACCAUCUUCACGGUCACUGGACUCACCCAGAAAUCGGAGUAUGAAUUCAGAGUGGUAGCUGCGAACAAGAAGGGCUUUGGCCAGCCAAGUGAACCAACCAACUCUGUAGUUGUGAAACCUCCUUAUGAUGUUCCAGGAAAACCAUCACCACCCGUUAUCACUGAUUUUACCAAGACCACUGUGACACUUCAAUGGAAUCCUCCAGAAUCAGAUGGAGGCAGCCACAUCACAGGCUUUGUACUGGAGAAGAAGGAUGCCUACUCCGUCCGAUGGUUGCCAUGUACUUCACAAUCCAUCCAGAAAACAGAAUUCACUGUGAAAGACUUGAAAGAAGGAGCACAGUAUGAGUUCAGAGUCAUGGCUAUGAACAAAGCAGGUCUUGGACCGCCCAGUGAUGGAUCAGAAUUAGCCACUGCCAAGUCCAAAUUCAGUGUACCAUCUCAACCUGGAGAGCCUACCAUCUCCAACAUCACUGCCAAAUCUCUGACAUUGAACUGGUCCCCUCCGACUUCAGAUGGAGGAAGCCCAGUCACGGGAUACAUUGUAGAACGUGCUGAUCGUUUCAGCACGCGUUGGGUACCUGUCAACUCUCACCCUAUCCGGGAGACUAAGAUGGAUAUCCAUGACCUUCCAGCGACAGGUUCCUAUCAGUUCCGAGUUGUUGCUUGCAAUGCUGCAGGAACGAGCAAACCUACAAACCCAACCGAUUCUGUUGGCAUGGCUGUUGCACCAAAGCUGGAUACCUACAAGUAUCAUGACACCAUGGUAGUUAGAGUAGGGACUACAUUCAACCUUGAUAUACCCUUCAAAGCUACACCUAGGCCUACUGUCAAGUGGACCAAAGAUGGCUCCACCCUUCAACCAUCCUCUCGUGUGAAGAUUGACACAACAGAAAGAGAUACCAUUGUCACUAUCAAAAACUGUGUGAGGGAAGACGGAGGAUCAUUUACCCUGAAUGCUUCAAAUGCAGCUGGAAGUGAUUCCAUCACUAUUCGCGUCCAGGUCCUAGAUCGUCCAGAUCAACCACGUGGACCUCUAGUUGCUAAAGAUAUUGGAAGCACUGAUCUCUUCUUGUCCUGGAAAGAACCUACAGAUGAUGGUGGUUCCCCAAUCACACAUUACACUAUUGAAAGACGCGAGCAAGAUAGAACGAUGUGGACCAGACUAACUGCACAUGCCCUGGAUACUACCAUCAGGGUCACUGGCCUACAAGAGGGUGCAUCCUACGUCUUCCGAGUGUUUGCCGUCAACAAAAUUGGUGAUAGUGAGCCACUUGAAUCAAAGGAAACUAUCAAAUUGAAAAAGAAAUAUGAUGUUCCUGAUGCUCCAAGCAAGCCUCUUGUUACCAACGUCACCUCUGAUUCAGUGACACUUGAAUGGCAUCCACCUAAAUCCGAUGGUGGUGCUCCUGUCUCAGGGUACAUCAUCGAGAAGAAGGAAACAUCAAGCAACUAUUGGUCCAGGGUGACCAGCGUGUCAAGUGGUGUAACCUCUCACCGAGUCUCUCGUCUCAUGCGUGGUGAAGAGUAUGAGUUCAGAGUCAGCGCCGAGAACAGAGCUGGGCCUGGUCCCGCAAGUGCUCCUUCAGCUCCUAUUAGGGCUGAGGAAACCACAGUUGUACCAAAGUUCAGCGGGCGCUUUGACGAACCAAUUAUGGCGAAGGUUGGAGAAUCCUUCCGUAUUGAGGUACCUUAUACUGGUAUCCCGACACCUGCUGUAUCAUGGUCAUUUGAUGGCAGACCUCUGAAACCAUCAGGUCACAUCAGGGUAGAUACAAGUAAUCGUGCAUCAACAAUCACUGUAAAACAUGUAGAAAAGGCCAACGCAGGACGUUACACAAUCAACCUGAAGAACACCGCAGGUGUUGAUUCUUUGGAUGUUGAGGUGCGUGUCUUUGACCGCCCUGGUCCUCCACGUGGUCCACUUGAAAUGAGUAAUGUCUCAGAGAACAGUGUCACCCUAUCAUGGAGCCCGCCCUCAGAUGACGGUGGUAGUCGUAUCUUCACAUAUGUGGUGCAAAAGCGUGGUGAGAAUGAGACAAAGUGGAAGCAUGUAAACAAGGACUACAUCACAGAUUUAACAUACAAGGUGACAGGACUAAAGGAGAAUAAGAAGUAUCAGUUCCGUGUACUGGCUGAGAACCAGUAUGGACAGAGCAAACCUCUUGAAGGUCAAAGCAUCACACCUCAGGGACAAUACGAUGUUCCUGACCCUCCAUCAGCUCCUAAAGUCACCAACAUUGUUGCUGAUUCCGUCACGGUCACCUGGACUCCACCGUCCAAUGAUGGUGGUGCUCCUGUUACAGGGUACGUCGUCGAGAUUCGACAGACUACAAGUCCACGAUGGGUCAAGGCUACAUUGACCCCGACGCCAGACACAAUGUUCAAAGCGUCUCGGUUGAUCCGAGGCACAGAGUAUGAGUUCAGGAUUUGCGCUGUUAACCGCGCAGGAACAGGCCGUCCGAGUGAACCGUCCAACACUGUCCUGGUGGAAGAUCCACCUGUAAAACCAAAAUUCAACCUUGAUGCCCGCUUUGAGAAGGUGAUGACCGUCCGGGCAGGCCACACAUUCCGUAUUGACAUUCCCUACAAAGCCACUCCAACCCCAACUGUAACAUGGACCCAUAACAAUGACACCGUCCAACGAUCAACCCGUAUCACCAUUGACAGCAACAACUACGGUACCAAUCUAACUGCAAGAACUGCCGAGAGGACAGAUAGUGGUGACUAUGUCAUAAAGGCUUCUAAUAAGGCAGGAGAGGACACUGUGACGGUGACUGUGAAUGUUGUAGAUAGUCCAUCACCACCUCAAGGUCCUCUUACAGUUGUCAAACUCGGCAGCAAUGAGGUGACCCUAUCAUGGAGUCCACCGCAUGAUGAUGGUGGUAGUCCAGUUACAGGAUACGUGUUGGAGAAGAGAGAGGGAGGAUAUGGAUCGUGGACCAACGUCUCAAGUAUGAUCCCUGAUACAAAGUUUAGAGUAACCAAACUCAUAGAGGAUAAAGAGUACCAAUUCCGUGUGAGGGCUGAGAAUAAGCUAGGAGUCAGUGAACCUCUCGAUGGCGAAAAGAUCAUUCCAAAGGGAGAUUAUGAUGUCCCAGAUCAGCCAGGCAAGAUCAAAGUUGAGAGCAUCCAACAAGACAGUGUCUCCUUGACUUGGUCCAAACCGCAGAGAGAUGGUGGUGCUCCUGUCACCGGAUACAUUGUGGAGAAGCGUGAAAAGGGCCAGCCAGAAGCUGGAUGGAGCAAAACAAGCUUCAAACCCAUCAUGGAUACAACUCUUAGGGUUCCACGCCUGUCUGAGGGCAAGGAAUAUGAGUUCCGCGUCAGUGCAGUCAACAAGGCUGGAAUGAGCACUCCUGCAGCUACUGCUGCUCCCGUCAUCGUAGAGAGACCUUCCUAUGCACCAAAGAUCGACCUUGGAUCCCACUUCCGUGACAUUGUUACUGUUCGUGCCGGUACCUUGUUCCAUCUUGACGUCCCAAUAUCAGGCACUCCAACACCUACAGUCGUGUGGCUGAAGGAUGACAAACAGGUAGAUGACGGAAGACGCAUCAAGGCUUCUACGACUACAUACAGUGCUGUCUUGACCAACAAGGAGGCCCAUCGAUCAGAUAGUGGUUCAUACACCAUCAAGAUUAGCAACAAAGCUGGCUCUGAUACAGCAACCAUCCGAGUCGCAGUUCUUGACAAACCCUCACCACCUGAAGGUCCUAUCAAGGUCACAAGCAUCACUCGUGACUCAGUCACUCUGGCAUGGGAGCCACCUAAGGACAAUGGCGGAGCUGAUAUCACUGGAUAUAUCUUGGAAAAACGAGAACCAGACCAGUUCCGCUGGAGCAGAGUCACGUCCACACUGUCCAGUCCCCGGUAUGCCGUUACAGGACUGAAGGAUGGAAGGAGCUAUUUGUUCCGUGUCCGAGCUGUAAGCAAGUAUGGUGAGAGUGAACCACUUGAGACAGAGGAAGCCAUCUUGAUCAAGAGUGCCUUCGAUAAACCACAAGCUCCUGGAGUUCCUAAAGCCUCCAACAUCACAGAUGACAGUAUCACACUAUCAUGGCAACCACCCAAGAGUGAUGGAGGAGCUGAGAUUUUCAACUACAUCCUGGAGAUCAAAGAGACCAGAGGAACAAGGUGGUUGAGAGCUACAAGGAAACAACUGAAGAAACCCAACUUCAGAGUUACUGGACUAUCCAAAGGAAGGGAGUACGAGUUCAGGGUGGCGGCUGAAAAUGAGGCAGGACUAGGUGCCUUCAGUAAAACAUCUGCACCCAUCGUUUCCAAGGCCCCAGUUGAACUUGCUGAGUUCAUUGAGCCCCUCAAGGAUGUCUCCACCAAGGCUGGCAAGACAGUGACCUUGGAAUGCCGCAUCUCCAACCCCAAGGCUGAGGUCAAGUGGAUGAAGGAUGGUUUCCAACUCUUUGGUUACGACCGAGUCAAUGAGAUCAAGGAAGGCCAACGUCGAGCCCUCACUCUCCGCAACGUAGGAGAAAGAGAUACGGGAAAAUAUACAUGCGAGUGUGGAAAGCAAUCAACCUCUUGCUGGCUCUCUGUGACAGAACCACCUACUAUUGAUGUCAAAGCAUACAAGGAUGUUGUCAUCGUCAAAACCGGCAACACUCUGCGCCUCCUUGUGCCGUACACCGGAUGCCCCACGCCAAAGGUUGAAUGGCAUCGCCAUGAUACCCGUAUUAGUGAGGACACCAGGACACACAUAGAGACAAGGGACAACCGCACUCAGCUGGUCAUCAGGAACUGUGUCCGUGGCGACACUGGCAAGUACAGCAUUACAAUGACCAAUGAUGCUGGGCAUGAGACAGCUGUCAUCCGCGUGAAUGUCAUUGAUGUACCUGGCCCACCAACUGGCCCACUCAAGAUCACCGAUGUCGGCCGACACUCUGUCAGCUUAUCCUGGGAACCUCCAAAGGAUGAUGGUGGCUCGCCCAUUCAAUCCUAUACCGUUGAACAGCGUGAGGCUAACCGUAGAAUGUGGACUUCGGUCUCCAACUAUGUGUCUCAUGUUCCGUUCACGGUCUCAGGGCUGAGUGAGAAGGUGGAGUAUGAGUUCCGUGUUUGCGCUGAGAACAUCAAUGGGGUUGGACCACCGCUUCACGGCAUUGAACCAGUGGUCAUCAUUGCUCCAUUCUCUGUGCCCACGCCACCCGGCAAGCCAGAAAUCAGCAAUGUCCAGCGUGACCGCAUGACAUUGACCUGGUCAGAACCCAGCCACGACGGUGGUAAGCCCAUCCAAGGCUACAUCAUUGAACGGCGAGAGAACUUCGGCAGCCAAUGGAACAGGGUCAACCGCGAUCUCAUCAAGGAUACCACUUUCACAAUCAAGGGUCUGACAGAAGGCAAUAACUAUGAGUUCCGUAUCAGUGCCGUCAAUGACACUGGCAUUGGUAACCCAAGUGAAAUCUCUGCUCCUCCAAGACUUGCAAGAUCCCAGCAGGACGACCCACACCACCUGGACCUCCCAUCAUCGGUGACAUCAGCGCUACCUCAGUCAGCCUCUCCUGGUCGCCGCCAUCGACUGACGGUGGUAGAGAUCACCCACUACACCGUUGAGCGCAGGCUAAGAGGUUCUUACAUGUGGACCGACAGGACAGUGGUUCAUAACACAAGCUGUUCGGUCAACGACCUCGUCGAGGAUAAGGAGUAUACGUUCAGGGUGAGGGCUGUCAAUGCUGCCGGCAAUGAGAGUGAUCCAAGCAGGGCGUCGGAGUCAUUCGUGGCUGAAUCACAGCUGCCUGGAGCAGCCCCGUCGAUCCAGAUGGAGAUUCAGAACACCAUGGUACCAGAGGGACAGACUGGCAUGUUCAGCUGCAAGAUCUCUGGAUCUCCAAAGCCAAAGAUUUCCUGGGUCCAUCAUGGCAGGGAGCUGAUGACAGGUCGAAAGUACAACAUCACUGAAGAGAAUGAUGUCUACAGGAUAGUUGUCACCUCUGUCACUGACUAUGAAACUGGCAUGUACACCAUCAUUGCCAAGAACAAGCAUGGUUCAGUCAGAUCAUCUGCAGAGUUGCUCAUCCAGAGACCACCUCAACUUAGCAUUGACCGUCAUCUCCAAGAUCUAUCAGUCAGAGCGGGUCAAGAAAUCCACAUUCCGGUCACACUGACCUAUGGAACACCCAAACCAACAUUCACAUGGCGCAGACAGGAUGGCGAAGUUCUUGACACACGUGGACGAUACAGCACGAAAGAAAAAGGACACGUUCAUGACUUUGAGCUUCCAGAUCUGGGAGAGGAUAGAUAUCCUCUCUCAGGAUUCUACACGCUCAAGACAGAGAAGCUGAUAAGAGAGCCCGGAUGUGGGACAGUUUGGGCCAACUCUAACUUACUGUCAUCAAAGAAACUGAGGGUAAAUGUGGUUGGAGGAAUUGCUGAGUUGUAUGUCAAGGAUGCAGAGAGAGAGGAUUCUGGUACUUACACCCUGGAAGCAAUUAAUGAACUUGGAAGACACUCCAUUACAGCAAGGGUCAAUGUACUAGAUCGACCUGGACCUCCACAGGGACCAAUCUCGAUCCAGUCUAUCACCAAGAACUCUGCCUCCUUCACCUGGACCCCGCCCCGUGACGAUGGUGGUGCACCCAUCCAACGUUACCAAGUCUCCAUCCGAGAGUCCAACCGUGCGCACUGGCAGCCUCUCGGCACUUCAUUGCUGCCGAACUUCACAGCAAAGAGCCUGAAGGACAAUACCCAUUACGUACUGAGAGUGACGGCUGAAAACCAGUAUGGCACUAGCAUGCCUCUUGAGAUCAGGGAAGCUAUCCUUGUCAAGAGUCCAUUCGACCCCCCAAGUGCUCCAGGAAGGCCAACCAUCAGCAACAUCCAACGUGACUCUGUCCAUGUCUCCUGGACCGCUCCAUCAUCUGAUGGAGGUUCUCCAAUCACAGGAUACAUCAUUGAGAGACGUGAUACCACCAGUCAGCGAUGGAUCCAGGCCAAUCAUGAGCCUGUCACAAUCACCAGUCAUACCCUUAUCAACCUCAGGGAAGAUACAGAGUAUGAGUUCAGGGUCAUGGCUGAGAACAGCAUGGGAGCUAGUGUGCCUUCAACUGUGUCUCAGAGGGUAAUCGUCAGAGAUCCAAUCGAUACAGUACCUCCACAAUUUGUCAGCAAACCUCAGAACGCUCACAUUGCCGAGGGCAAGAGCGUGACUGUGACAUGUCAAGUCAGUGGUUACCCAGCCCCAGAGGUGAGAUGGUACCGCCUGGGUCGUGAGAUCGUCCAUGGUCGUAAGUUCCAGAUUGGUGGGGAUGGUAACAUCCACACCCUUACUGCUAACCAGCUCUUCUCAGAGGAUGUGGGAGAGAUCUCAGUCACUGCUACCAACAAGGGUGGAACCAUCACUGCUGCCUUUGAACUCAAUGUGCUUGUCAUGCCCAAGCUCAGCCUACCACCCAGACUCCGCACACCAAUCCACUGUCUCCUUGGCGAAUACAUCAUGCUCAAGGUACCCUUCAGUGGCGUGCCAAGACCGAGCCUCAAGUGGGACAGAGAUGGUGUGGAUGUGGUGGACGGAGGUCGCUUUGAGAUCAAGAACACACCUCAUGAUACCACACUCAUCAUACGUGGAAUCACCAAGGAAGAUGCUGGAAAGUACAGCGUUGUGGCUUCAAAUGAACUUGGUCAUGAUACCUGCUCCAUCCAAGUCAAUAUUCUCAGACACCCUGAUCCUCCUCGCAACCUUGAGUGCCUGGAGAUCACCUCAGAAGCCAUCCGCCUGUCCUGGAACCCACCCAUCUACGAUGGAGGAUCCAACAUCACUACCUACAUGGUAGAGAAACGAGAGGUCGGUGUCCUCACCUGGGCCAGGGUCAUCAGCUCCAAGAACACACAGCAUACCGUCAUCAAUCUCCGUCCAGAUACACAGUAUCAGUUCAGGGUUACUGCCUUCAACAUGUAUGGAGCCAGCGAGCCUUGUGAAGCUACCGCUGUGGUCUGCACAAAAUCAUCCAAGCCUGGAAGACCGCAGUUUGAAGACUAUGAAGGAAAGCGUCGCUUCUAUGACUCUCUUGUUGACUUUGACAGAGGUCCUCAUCCAUUUGUCAACAGGACAGGUUCCAUUUAUGAUUACUACCAGAUUCUGGAGGAACUUGGAAGAGGAUCAUAUGGUAUCGUCUACCGAGCCAUUGAGAAAAAGACCCAGAAGACAUGGGCAGCAAAAUUCAUGCGUUGCUAUGGCAAAGAGCGUGAUCUGGUCAAGCGAGAGAUUGAGGUCAUGAAGAAACUCCACCAUCGUCGUCUUCUCAACCUUCACGAGGUCUUUGAGACUAAUGAAGAGAUCAUCAUGAUCCUUGAAUUUUUGUCUGGAGGAGAACUGUUUGACCGUCUGGUUGAUGAGAACCACAUCCUUACAGAACCUGAAGUAGUAUUUUACAUGAAACAGAUCUGUGAGGGUGUGAAACACAUGCAUGAGAGGCACAUGGUCCAUCUAGAUCUCAAGCCUGAGAACGUCAUGUUGUGCGCUCGGAAUAGCGACGACAUCAAGAUCAUUGAUUUCGGCCUAACCAUGGAGCUUGACCCAGACAAACCUGUUAAGGUCAUGUUCGGCACUCCUGAUUUUAUCGCGCCUGAGGUCGUGAACCAUGAACCCAUUGGACUUCCGACAGACAUGUGGGCGCUGGGUGUGAUGGCAUACCUUAUGUUGAGUGGUAUAUCACCGUUUGAGGGAGAGACAGAUCGUGAGACCCUCAAGAACGUCGCCAUAGGAGAAUGGGAAUUUGAUGAGGAAGCAUUCGCUGACAUCACAGAUGAAGGUCUAGACUGGAUCGAGAGGAUCCUCAUCAAGGAUAAAGAAGGGAGAAUGACCAUUCAGGAAGCUCUUGACCAUCCAUGGCUCCAGAUGGAGACAGAUGAAAUGGCUAGGCGUCGUGCUCGUCGUCUUGACAACAGCAGACUCCGCAGGUACCAUGACAAAAAUAAGCCAAAGGGUGCUGGAAAAACUAUCAAUGCCAUUGGACAUCUUGCCCAUGGUGGCGCUCUUCGUGAGAUGCACAAGAUGUACCGUGGGAAACCUCUAAUGGAAAGAGAAUGCUACAUGGAUGUCCGAGAUGCGGCACCCAAGUUCAUCAAACCCUUGGAAGACACCAUGGCUAUCGAAGGUAAUGCUGGUCGCUUUGACUGUGAGGUCUCUGCCCUCUCUGAACCUCUCAUCACCUGGUUCAAAGGCAAGAAGGAAAUCACUAUCAGUGUCAAGUACAAGAUGCUCUAUGAUGACCGCAAGUACACCCUCAUUGUUCAAGAUUCUGAGUUUGAUGAUAUUGCGGAGUACACGUGCAAAGCAGUCAACUCUUACGGACAUGCCAGCUCCUCAGCUGAUCUUAAUGUGCAGUUGCUUGAUGCACAAGAGCUAGACAAGAGAGGAGAACGUAGAGGUCUUGACAUGAAGAGAAAGAAGAUACCUCUUGGUGAACGUGCCAAGAAGCUGAGAGCAGCCCAGGCAGCUGCACCAGGAAGUGACAAGGCUCCACAGUUGAUCAGACCACUUGAAGACCAAGAAUGUGGCUUUGACUUCAUCAUGCCCCUGUCUUUCCAAGUCGCCGAAAUCCCAGGUGUGCCUGAACCCAAGGUUAAGUGGUAUCACGAUGACAGGCCAUUAAAGGCCGGUCCUCAUUACCACUUCUACGAGGAGGAUGGAGUCCACACACUGGAGAUUGACGGAACUACUGAGAAAGAUAAGGGACAGUACACUGCAGAGAUCUCCAACCAGUAUGGAAGUAUCGCCACCAAGUGCAGACUGGACGUCAAUGAACAAUUCUUGACAAAGUUCAAAGACUAUCGCCGACCUCAUUUCAACCUCCAUCUAAGAGAUAUCUUCAUUGUUGAAGGUAGUGCUGCAAGACUUGACUGCAAGGUUACUGGAGUACCUGAACCCAAUAUCAGAUGGUUCAAGGACCACAAGGAGAUCUUUGAUGGCCAGCAUUACUCCAUCGAGUUUGGUGAGGAUGAUGAAACGUGUAGUCUCAUCAUCCAAGAGGCAUUCCUUCAAGAUGCCGGAACCUACACCUGUCUUGCCUCCAAUCUCCUUGGAAGAAUCUCAUGUGACUCCUAUGUCAGGGUUGAACGCCUUGGGGUGGACAGUGAGGGAGGAUCCGCACUCUCAAUGGAGUCUAGCGAAGACGAGCGUGCCGUAUCCCGUGCUAAGAUCGAACCAGUUCACAGUCGCCGCCUCGUGCAACAACCGUUCUUCAGUCUCCCGCUCCGCCGAAAGGUCGUAUACAACGGCGAACCGGCGCGCAUCAGCUGCAAUGUGCAAGGGACACCAAAGCCGAAGAUCGCUUGGAGCAAGAACGGUAUACCAAUCUACGAUGGGGCGUACUACAGUAUCACCUAUCGAUGGGGUGUGGCCAUGGUGGAAAUCCGAAGCGCCAGCAGGAGCGACACCGGGACUUUCAGGUGCACCGCAACUAACCCAGAAGGUGAAGCGACAUCUGCUUGCGAGCUGGUUGUCGAAGAAAGACUUCCUCACAACGAAACGGAGGAUUACAUCCGGCCAUCGUUCGCCAAGCCGCUGCGGAGAUUCCGUGCUAAGGAAGGCAGGAAGGUCCGACUUGAGAUCCAAGUCAUGGGAUGGCCGGAACCAAAGGUCACCUGGAUGAAGGACAGCGUUGAAAUUGUGCAAUCUGACCACAUGUACGUCGAAAGGGCCCCUAACGGAUUACAAUCCUUGGUCAUCUACCGUGUCGUACCAACCGACGCAGGCCGCUAUCAAGCGAUUGCUUCGUCACCAGCUGGCAAGGCCACCUGCUCUGCCGAGGUAGACGUGAUUCCAGGGGAAGCCUUACUAGAUAGAGGUGCAGAUGUUGGACGUGGUCGUCGUAAGACCCGAAAGGCGCCGAGGACACCUCGCAGUUACCUCGACGUUCAAACCGAGAGUAGCCGCACUCAUCAAAAGCGUUCAAAGCACAUACGCGACCCAUCGAGCCUUUCACCAACUUACUCCUACGAAUCAAAGCGCACACAACGCAAGGAUUAUUACACACCAAGAACCGACGUUCUUGCGCCGUCACGCAGCCGUUCUUACAGUCCCACGUCACCAACUGGACUAUCACCGUCGUCGCGCUAUUCGCCAUCACGCCCGUAUUCAACAUCGACCUACCGCCCGUCGUCACCAAUGGGAACUUAUAGACCAUCCUCCCCGACGUACCGUUCCCCGUCACCAGCCUACCGCCCUGAAUCACCAACAUACAGACCGUCGUCUCCAUACCACAGCUAUGCAACAUCAAAACGUCUUUCUAGCAGACGUGGAGUAGAAGACUCUGGUGUAGAAUACUAUCAAGCUCGGUCUGACAGACCCUUGAAAUAUUCAGAUAUUCAGGAAACAAGAAGAACAACGCGGGAUGCUGGUCCUGGUUAUUUGGAUGUCACUCGCACAUCAGCAACCUUCACGCGAUCAGGUGGCAGACCUCUUCCCAAGCUGACCUCUUUCUCCGCUUGGCAAGAUAGCUUGCGUGUACCAAGCCGCGAUCGACCAUCGACGCCAACAACAAUUGAUCGCACACCAUACACUGAGCCUUACCGCCCAGUGAUGCGAGAUCGACCCGUUUCGGGUCCGACGAGGAUACCGCGUCGUGUCUACCGCGAUGAUGAAGACUAUUACUCGGCCCGAGUGGAAACGAGUCCAUAUAGAAUGGAUGAGAGGUACAGCAGGGAGUAUGGUGGUUACGAGGUCGACGAUGAUGAAUUUGCAAUGCGUACAUACGCACCUAGCGCCCCGGGUGUUAGACAUGACGACGAAGAGGAGGAACCAGAAUUUGUUCCACCAGAAGAACCAGAGGAGGCCGGACCACCAACCUUUGUCAGGAAGUUCCAAGACAUGUCUAUUCGUGAUGGAGAACGGGUUGUCCUGGAGGCGGAGAUUACCGGCUCUCGACCAAUGGACGUCGGCUGGCUCCGAAAUGGACAGGACAUUGUGGACUGCAAGGAAUUCCGAUAUGUGAGCCGUGGCAACAUUUACCAACUAGAGAUUGCAGAAAUCUUCCCCGAAGACAGUGGAAAGUACACCUGUGAAGCCCUGAAUGACCAUGGAGAAGCUGAAUGCAGCGCCAUGCUUACUGUCAAUGAGGAGCCAAGUGUAAGCAUCAGUAUCUCACAGAGCAUGGAUGUAAGUCUGAGUACAGACAUCCCCUGCACAGCCACCAUUGACGAGGAUCACAUCCCACCAGAGUUCUUUGAAGAACCCCAGUCACAGAUGGUUGAGGAAGGCACAACUGCAAUCUUCACAUGUGAUGUUGACGGUGACCCAGUUCCUUCAGUGACAUGGUCAAAGGAUGGCCGCCCGAUCUCUGAUGGUGGUCGCUUCUCGAUCAGAAGUGACAAAUUCACGCACACUUUUGAGAUCCAGAAUGCACGCUCAACCGAUGCUGGCCCAUACACCUGCACAGCCAAGAACAGUGAAGGCGAGGUGGUUUGUGAGUUCACACUCGAUAUCCUACCUACUGGUGCUGGUGAUAAGGGUAUCACUGCUUCUGAUGUCAGUAGUGCUGCAGCACGAGAUUCUGCCGAGUCCACGAAGUCAGCUUCUGCACCUUCUGGUGAACCUUCCUCUUCAACCGCACCUCAGGGCUCUGCUGGCAAAGGACCUAAAGACGGUGAAUCAACUACGGGUGUUUCUGGAUCAGACACCGAUUCACAAGAAGGAAGUCCACCAAAGUUCAUCAGAGGUCUUCAAGAAGAGGUCGCCUGGGAAGAGGACAAAGUCGUCCUUGAAUGCCAUGUCCAAGGUGUUCCCUUGCCAACAGUCAAGUGGUUCGUCCACAACAAGGAAAUUGAGUCAGACAAGUUUGUGGUUAUCACAACUGACAACAAUGGUACCUGCCGUCUCACCAUCUCCGAGGCUUUCCCCGAGGACUCUGGUAUCUACCGCUGUGAGGCAACCAACUCUUCGGGAACGGCUGCAACGUCAGGAGAACUCAUGGUUGCAGCUAAAGUGGUCGUUCCCAAGGCACCUGCUGGUAAACCUAAAGUGGAACAAGCCUCCAAGUCCUCUUUCAAGAUCACGUGGGAAGCACCAGCAGAGGAUGGGGGAAGUCCCAUUUAUAACUACAAGGUUGAUGCCCGCAAAGCUGGCGAAACAGCUUGGACUGAAGUCGGCAAUGUUGGUAAAACGUCCUUUGAAGUCAAGGGCGUAAAAACCGGCGUUGAGUACGUUUACCGUGUCUCGGCUGAAAACGAAGCCGGCUGGUCCCCUCCAACUCAAAUCUCAGAUCCCGCAGUUAUAACAGAGUCAGAGUCUCCGCCAGAGCCGUCCUCUAGCACCGACAAACCGCCAGUUGUAAAGGACAGUGCGCUCAGCAAAGAUCAAGCAGGAAAAGGCCCCGCCCCUAAACCAUCAGCCGCUCCUAAACCAUCAGUAGCCCCUCCCCCUAAAAAAGGAGGUAGUUCAUUGGCUGACCGGAUGGCCAAAUUCUCAAAGUAGAGUAUAAUUCUUGUAGAUCACUCACUUUUACUAAAAAUUCAUCCGAAAAUUCAAGAAUAAAAAUUCUAAAACCUUCCAAAAAAUUAAAUUUAAAAAAACUUGUAAGAUAAUUCUCAAUUUCUUUCUCCUAGCACUGCAUGAUUUUAGAUAAAUUAUGAUUUCUUUCAUACCUGUAUGAUUCUUUGAUAUGUACAUAAUAAAUCUCUAUUUUGGAAUGUUUUACUUCACAAAUAAAUCUGAGAAUUCUCCUGCUUGACGUUGGAAAUGAUGGUGCCGGACAAAGAAAAUCCAGUAAUACAUUGAUAAAACAUUACUUGGUAACUUUGUAUUCUAAGAAGUCAAUAUAGAAACUUGUGUACAAAGCUACAUGUAGAGUAUCAGCUAUCAAUGCAUACGUAUGAUGUUAAGUUGCUUUUGCUACAUUUUCAAGCAAAACAAAGACCAACAUUUUCAAACUGGGAGAAUGUAACAAUUUUUAUAUAAAUCAAGCGUAACUAAGUAAAAAAUUUCAAAGCAACUCAAAUCGCACAUUAAUUAAUGUCAGCAAGAUGGUCAUGUAAUGUAAUAUUUAUCAUGAAAUCGUGCCACUUUACCUGCAGGUGAUGAUGAUUUGUAACCGACAUAGAUGUAAAUAAUUCCGCUUAUUUUUGUUCUCCUUCCUAAGGUCGGUGUUAGAUGAGUUUUUUUUGUAAAGCUCAUGGUUUUUCAGCUGGAAUAAAGUCUGUUGAUAAUUGUAUAUGAUAUAAAGAGGAAGACCCAGAUAGGAACAAAAAUGGAAAGUAUUUGAUACUCAAUAUGAUGUAUAAAGAUAAUUGAUGAUUCAAUCAUCAAUGUUCCUUUAUAAACCAUAAGUAUGUAUUCAUGUCUUAAUGACAAAAAUGAUAUGAGAGCUAUAUGACAUUUCAAGUCAGGUGACUAAAGUCAUGUGACUAUAUGUGAAAUAAGUCUUCCAUUUUGUAAGAAGCAGUAUCAUGCAAAGAAAACGUGCCUUUUUGGUGCUAUAUAUUGAAAGAAAUUUUCUUUCUGAAUAUACCACCUUUUUUAUCACGAAUCCAGGAGUAUAUGCUAUUUUUUCAUGCUGGUGAAUGACAGAGUAGUUGUGACUAAUUGACUAUUUUGAAUGAAUAGUCAAGUCUUGUAUGAAAUCAGAUUUGUUUUCAAGUUCAGAGAAGAAAUCAAACUUUUUAAAAGUUGAACCUAAGUAAUCCAUGAGACUGUUUCAUGAAGCUGUUCAUAAGUUAUUCAUGACUUUACGCCCAACUGGUAACAUGUUCUUGAGCUAAUGAUAUACUCCUUUGAAGCUCUCUAGGCUCUUAAGGACAUGUUCUAGCCUAGCGUAAAAUCGUGCGUAACUUACGAUCAGCUUUAUGAGACCCAACCCAGUUGUCAUCGGUAUGAGGUGACUAUGAGUUUCUUUCUUAUGAGUAAUAUCCAAGUGACUGCAAGAGGCCUAAUCUGCAUAUGUGUUAUCAAAAUUCCAAUGAACAUUUAUGAUAAAAACUUAACUGGAAUUAUGUGACUGUGGUGGACACAUGAAUUCCCUUUGCGAUGUGGUGGAAAUUAAUUGUUCAUUUGGAUUUUAAUAACACACAUUUGUGGCAUCUGUCUUGAUAUUGUUUUCAGAAUCAAAUAAUUGUGGUGGUUAUUUGAUAGAAAAACAUCAAAACAUGUCCUUGCACUCACUUGGAAUACAUAUUUUGAUGUAUAGUUGAAUGUUUGGCUUAUUUCUCUUUCACGAAAGAGGUUAAUCAACCGAACAUUCAACCUUCACUCAUGAUAUUUUAUACACGAUUGAUGACAACGAAAAAGGAAUUAAAUGAAAAGUUUAAAGAAUGUAAUAGUAUUUUUUAGAAAAAAAAAGAAACCAUUGGAACUGCUUGUAGUGCUUCUUGUAGAAAUUUUAAGUUGCUUAAGAUUUUUUUUCGCAAAACGUUUGGCCAGCCAAGCGUGCCUUUUAUGUGUUUUUUUUUUAUUUGUAGUUUUGUCUAAUUCAUAGGUCUUUGCUUGUGAAAUCAUUUUCAUAGAUGCGUUUUGUCAAGUAUAACCCUUGUACUUGUUAUUCAAUGCUUUUACUUUUCUAUUUUUCCCUCUUGCAAAUUCUAAAACUGCAUUUCUAGCUUUGCUUUACCUCCAACUUGUAGUACUCGUGCAGUGGCGUUGACUAGAAAUAUGAAAUGGAUUUAAAACAGAUUGUUUUUUCUCUUUAUCUCUCCUAUGCAGUAUGUAUAGUUUGUAAUAUCAAUGUAGAAAGAGACUGUAUCCUUCAGAAUCUAUUUCUUUUUCCGUUCUGUAAUUACUCGAUUAAAAGGUUUUUGUUAUUUAUUUAUUGUAUGUAUUGAUUGUAUAUCAAGUGCCAAAAGCAUUUAUCAAUAAGGUCUAAAAAUAGAAAACUAAUAUAUUAAUUUCAGGCAUUAUAUUGCACAUUUCUAUGCAGAAUAUUAUAUUAUCACUAUGCAAAACAAAGCAGAAAACGCAAAUCAUGUAACUAUGCAAAAUUUGGGGGCAAAUGUGUCAAUGUUUUGAUAUCAAUCUGCUCAACGCUUCGCGUGUACCCACUUUUUUUUCAAGAAGAAUUUUAGCAUCCUUAAUUACCGUUGAAUAAAUGUGCAAUUGUAUCUCUAGAA